GUUGAUGCAAUUACCUGUCAUUAUAUUGUAGAUGUAUGAUCAGAAAGUGUUGCAUUACAGUGUUAGUGAACUGAUAAUCUCGCAACAUGCAGCGUUCCUUGAAGUUUGCCGCAUUCUCCGUUUUAAUUGCCUUGGUGGUUACUGCAGUCAUGGCAAACCCUUAUCGUCGACCAACAAAGGUGACAACCAGCUGCUGCAAGUCAGUCUCCCGAACCUGGAUUCCCUACAACAUCACCGGCUACCGUGAGCAGAAUGCUCUGGAGCCUUGCGUGUCUGCUAUCAUAUUUUAUACAAAAGAAAUUGGGCCAGUGUGUUCCAAUCCUAUUGCCCGCUGGGUACAAAAUAAAAUAAAAGUGGUACCAAUGGUCAAUUAACUCAUCCAACUGGGAAGACCAAAUGUCACUUUGAAUUGUGAUUGAUUAACAUGUUGCAUAACCUUGUUAUUUUGCUGAAUUGCUACACUGGAAUUGUUGCUCAUAUUUCAGUUGUAUUCUGUGUACGUAAGUGUUGGUGAGUUGACAUACUGUGCACUGUAGUCAAUGGCUCAUGUUUUUCCAUUCAUUUACAUUAAGUAUAGAUGUACUCAUUUAAACUUCACAUGCUCAUGGACUAUACUUCUAAAAAUGACCUCAGGUCCUCACACAGUGUGUGGACACUGAUGUCUAUAAAAGUGAUGCCACAUAUAUUUGCCCACAAACAUAUUUUUUAAAGCCCUAUUAACAUUAUUGACUGAAUCAAUCAUUUGUCAGAUAUAUAUGUCUCCAUUCUCCUUCAUCCAUAAACAUUAGGUCAAGGUUUGGGUUUGGGUUCAAUUUGGGGUUUCUUGAUUGCUUUGUAACAUGCUAGAACAAUGUGGUUAUAAAACUCUUUUAUACCUAUAGAUUACUAGUCAUAUCCACAUUUAAUUUCCAGUCAUUUAGAUAUUUUACCGUAAACCUAAACUACAGUGUUAACUGUUUUGUUCAAGCUGCCAAUGCAUUACUAAUGCAAGUGUGUUUUUUUCACUUUAUUUUGUAAUGCUUUUAAUAUUUUAAUGUAUUGCACUGUGUGACAAAGGCCCUUUAUAAAAGCAAUACCGUGAUGUUUUUGUUGUAUUUGGUCUAACUGGUCCAUAACUAUAAGUAACUUCAUUGCUUUUUAUUCUAUGCAAAUAAAUGUAUCAAUCUAACCCUAUUGUUUAUCC